CCUAAGGCAGAUUUUAUAGCCAUAACGAACAAUAAUACUUUCACUUUACCAAUGGCUUCAACAGUUUAUCAAUGUCUUGGAUUGACUGCUAUACAUUAUCUGUUAAUGCUACAAGCGAAUUUAAGAAAACAAUUUCUUUGGGGGCAUAUUCAUCAUUUUAAUUUAAAAAGGCAAAUCUAUAAAUAUAUAUUUCGUGGAAAGGCAGCAUACGAUAGUCUGGCUCAAUUAUCCGAUGAUAAAUUUUGGGGAACAAAGUUUUUUGAUCACGAUCAAAGAGCAUUUGUAUUAACAUAUAAAUUUCAGCAAAUAGAUGAUUCCUUUCCUUUAGAAGAUUCUAAUCCUUUUAAUAUACAAGAUAGUAAAUCUCAAAAAGAAAAAAAAAGCUUGUCCAAGUUGUUAUUCUUUGGAAGGUGA